AUGCAAUUCAAGAACAUUAUCCUGGCUGCCGCCUUGGCCCUCAGCACUUCUGUGUCUGCCGCCAUGAGCGACGCUGACCUCGCCAUCGGCCUGCAGAACAACCUGGCCUCGCUUGACAUCGGCCAAAAGCAGACCACCCUGCUCUUGAACCACCUAAGCCACCUCACCAGUGCUGUCACUGCUGAUGAUGUUGUCGCUUCCUAUAACACCACUGCCACCAACGAGGCCGAUGACUUGGACAUGAUGAAUAUGAUGCAGGCCGACAAGCCCCUGCUUGAAUGUGUCCAACUGGUUCUCUGCCAAGCCUUCCACGGGUUUGCCGUGAGCAGCAUCGAGGCGAACAAUGCCUUCGUUGACCACGCCAUUGCCUUCAACAAGGCCCAGCGCAAAACCCUGCGGGCUGCCAUUUCCAAGAACAAAGACAACGUCGCUGCUUUCCUCGAUCGCGUCGCCAGCAAGUCUCUUCCCUAUUGCGUUUCCACCAUCAAGAUUGACAACACUGCCAUCUACGCCUCUCUCGACAAGGCUGCCAAGGCCCUUGACCCUAUGGGGUCUCUACUGUAG